GCCCUAUUCCAACACUUUACCCAAAGGCCUAAGCUGCGCUUUCCUGUCCAUUCCUCCCUUCAUAACCUGACUACAGCUUUUAGACUCUAUCAUGUCUCACACUGGAGUACAGGGCAGCAUUGGCAGCCACCCAGGCAUGGGAAUGAACAGGCACAAAAUGUACCUCUUUGAGUUUGAGAACUUCCAGGGCCGUAGAAUGGAGCUGAACGGAGAGUGUCGUAACCUGUGUGAGAAGGGUUUCGAAAGGAUUGGCUCCAUCAGGGUGGAGUGUGGACCUUGGGUGGGCUAUGAGCAGCAGAAUAUGUCUGGGGAGAUGUUCAUGAUGGAGAAGGGAGAGUACCCUCGCUGGGACACCUGGUCCAACAGCUACAGGUGUGACCGUUUCAUGUCGGUCAGGCCUGUCCGUAUGGACCCCCAGGACCACAAGAUCUGCCUCUUUGAGUGCAUGAACUUUGAGGGCCGCAAGAUGGAAGUGUGUGACGAGGACAUUCCUAGCCUGUGGUCCUACGGCUUCCAGGACCGUGUGGGCAGCAUCCAGGUCACUGGUGGAACGUGGGUGGGUUACCAAUACCCCGGUUACAGAGGUUUCCAGUACGUGUUUGAGAUGGGACCCUUCAAGCACUGGAAUGAGUGGGGCGCCCACCAUCCCCAGAUCCAGUCAAUCCGCAGGGUCAGGGACAUGCAGACACAUCGCAGGGGCUGCUUUGAGAUGACCGCCUAGAGAGGGGCACCAGGCAGGCAACCGCCAGCUAUAGCUGGUGUAUGUUGGGUGGGGCUGGUCCUGGAGCUUACCACCUUUCCCAGCUUCAUCAGUAGCCACUUAGCCAGACAAUGCUAAUGAAAUCUCUUGCUCCAUCUCUAUAACUUUUACUGGUAGAAUUAAGUCAUGUGCUUAUGGGCCUUCAUCCACCAACAUUGAAUACACUACACUGCCUAUUGUAUGGGCUGCCUUUCCUCAGUGCCUGAAUGAUACCUGUCAAAGUGAUAGCCAUGCUGUCCUGAAACCUGAUAAACCUAGGGUACAGUUGCAUUAUGGUAUUCAUGAUAGAGGGGUUUUUCAGCAAACUGGGUAAGAAGGUUUUUAUAAUAACAAGUAGUUUGUGUUCAAUAGUUUGUUUCAAUAUCUGCAAGCCCUUGAUUUUAUACAUACAUUUGCUCAUGUGUUUCUUAGCUAUAUAUACAUUGAUGCCAAUAAGCCUUUUCACAACGCUCUCUACUCCUGUGACACAUGGCUGAUUUUAGAAAGUACAGAUACACACUCCAUUUGCUGUCUCAGGUAAACCAUGGUCAGCUCUUUUGGACAGUCCAUAUACUGCAGUGACCUGAACUAUCCAAAGGAAGUCACUGUUUCCUCAUAAAUUCACAAGACUGUCCAUCUCCACUGCACCUGAAGUUUUUUUUUGCUGACUUCUAUCUUCAAAGAAAGGCACAUGGCACUAGAACACAGUGGGUUCAAUAACUGGGGAAAAGGGCAUGGAUGGAGAAAAGGCAGCUGUAACUGGGGUUAUAGAGACUAGCCCACCUGUUGGUUGACCCCUCCUUAUCACAAUGAUGGGGUUGUUCAGUAGGCUUGUGUUAUGAACCUAUAUCUUUCUCAGGGAUGCUGGCAUCUGAAGAGCAACUUUCAGAUGAAAAAAAUAAAUUAAAAAUCAAUAAAUAUUCAAAACCUCAGA